AUGAGGCAAAGAUUUCAAAACACUGAAAAGCUAGUGGAACCUGUUCCCAUCAUUGGGCUUCUAAGAGGCGCGAUGUCCAUAAUCUUUGGACCUAUGGUAAUAAUCCAAGACACAAAAGAUGGUCAACUUUUGAGUGGGCCAAAUCCCAUUUGCCCCACACAAGAAAGAUCCAGACGAUGCUCCCACUAUUAUCUGAUGACGUGUUGCAAUGGCAUUGGUCGGUAG